AUGGAGCAAAUGAAUGGCACCAAAGUGACUGAAUUCAUUCUUCUGGGAUUUGCCGCUCAACACAAGUUUUGGCACAUAUUCUUUGUAGUAUUUUUAUUGAUCUAUAUAAUCACCUUAGUAGGUAAUAUUGGCAUGAUCCUCCUCAUCAAGAUAAAUUCUUCCCUUCACACUCCCAUGUACUUUUUCCUCCAACAGUUGGCAUUUGUGGAUCUCUGCUAUGCCUCUGCCAUCACCCCCAAGAUGUUGGGAAACUUCCUAGGAACAAAUCCAUCCAUCUCCUUCCCAGGAUGUGUGGUGCAACUAUUAGUCUAUGGUAGUUUUGCAACCAGUGACUGCUUCAUCCUGGCUUCCAUGGCUGUGGACCGUUACGUGGCCAUCUGCCACCCACUGCGCUAUCCAGUCGUCAUGUCCCGGAGAGUCUGUGUUCAGCUGCUGGUUGGCUCAUAUGUCAUGGGCUUCCUAAAUGGCUCUGUAAACACAAGUUUUACUUUCUCCUUGAAAUUUUGCAAAUCCAACGCAAUCAAUCACUUCUUCUGCGAUGCACCUCCCAUUCUUGCUCUCUCAUGUUCCACGAUUGAUUUCAAUGUCAUGCUCCUGACAGUCUUUGUUGGGUUCAACUUGAUGAGCACUGUACUGGUGGUCAUGUUCUCCUAUGCAUACAUCCUGGCUGCCAUCCUGAGGAUAUCUUCUGCUGCGGGAAGGAAGAAGGCCUUCUCCACCUGCGCCUCCCACCUGGUGGCAGUCACCAUUUUCUAUGGAACUCUUGCUUAUAUGUACCUCCACCAUCACACACAUGAGUCUCAAGAGCAGGAAAAGGUGACCUCUGUGUUUUAUGGAAUAAUUAUCCCCAUGUUAAACCCUCUGAUCUACAGCCUGAGAAACCAGGAUGUGAUCGCAGCCCUAAAAAAGAUAGGAAAGAAGCGCAUCUAA